ACAGUAUUCUGAGAGGAGGGAAGGAUGUGAACUGAUGCAGUCCCUGUCACAUGUUGUAUCAUUACAGCAUCAGAAGGCAGGAAGUGACCUUCCAGAGAAGCAGCAUCAGGAGGCAGGAAGUGACCUUCCAGAGAAGCAGGCGCAUACCAGGCUCCAGAAAAAUCCAAGCGGGAGAGUGGAACCUUUAGACUGGCCACAAGCCUCUGGCACUGGGCACUGGGCUGUCUAACCAGAGCUCCUCGAGUUUGGGAACCCCUGGCUAAAACCAUUGCAGGUAUGGAUGACGAAAGCCUUCCGCAAAAACUUGGGAAAGCCUUGCCUGAAUUGGACUUUGCACAGCUGAAUACAUUGCUCAAGCGCCUUGGAGAAGAACUUGGAGUGGUUACAGAAGAUGACCUUUAGUAUGUGGAGAGGGAUGAUAUACAGCCCCUUUUAACUCCAGUACAGACCCGCAGACUUCUUAAGGCCUGCAGGGGAAUGGGUAAGGAAUACAUGAAAAUACAUGAAAACAUCAAACAUGAAAUGUGUGGAAUCUUGUAAUAACUUAAGGGUCAUGAUUGCUGUUAUUCCUUAUUGAUUUCUUUAUGCGAUUACGUUGCUAUGUACAUUAUGUUUUUUUUAUAUUUUGAAGCAGUUGGAAUCUGAAUGUCUUUUUGUUUCUCUUUUAAAAAUCAAAUAGACACAUGAACACAGAUUCAACAGGGAGCUCCCUGGAACUUGUCACAGUCACCAGUUCACUCCUUUCAUCACAAAGUUCCACUAGUCCUGUCCUCUCUGCCAUCUCACCCCUUGACAUACAACCACAGGCUGGUCCCAGUUCUUGGAUCACCAGAUUUGUUGUUCCAUGGGAGAAGAUGUCCCCUGCACUCUCACUAGCUGACCACCAUCCCUCUGCCUGUACUGUCCUCGUUUGAAUGCCUUGCAUUCAAAUGCAAUCCUCCUCUGUCCUUGACCUUUCUUCUUAUUUACCGCCCCCCUAAACCCAACCCAGCUUUCCUCCCAGAGUUUUAGGACCUAUUCGGUACACUCUGCACAACCUCUGCUAAUGUCAUGAUACUUGAAGACCUUAACAUUCAUGUGGACACCCCCUUGUGUCACUUUGCUGCUGAGUUCCUCCAUCUACUUGACUAUCUUAACCUGCAGCAACACGUUGAUGCACCCACUGACUCAAGGGGGCACACACUUGACAUAACAAACUCUGUUCCCAUCAUGAACUUACAGGUACACGAUCUAGGGCUGCCAGACCACAAAGCCGUCGUCAUGGAGCUGCCUUUCUCCCUCUCACCCUACUCUAAAUCGAAGCGGCAAAUCCGCUUUACAGCUAUGAAAAACAUCGACUCAGACGCCCUUGCUUCAGAUCUCAGGUGCGUGUCUUCUGGCUCUGUUGCUCUCUCCUCAGUUACUGAGACAGUGGAUUUCUACAAUCAGUCCCUGACCAGCCUCCUAGACAAUCAUGCCCCCGUCAGGACCUGUACGGUCACCUUUUCACGCUCAGCCCCUUGGUACACUAGCGAGCUGUGGAGGAUGAAAUCAGCUGGACGUAUUCUUGAACGGCGCUUCAAGGCAUCAGGACUGACUGUACAUAAGCAGGCCUAUAGGGAACAUCAAACGGUCUAUGCCAAAUCUCUCAAAGACGCACAGUCCCAGUUCUAUUCCAAUGUCAUCAACAAGAACCCCGGCAUCUGUAAGCAGCUCUUCUCCACCAUCAGUCACCUUCUCAAACCACAUACCAGCUCUCACCUGGAUGCCACAGUGGGAAAGUGCAAUAACUUUAUCAGCUUCUUCAGGAAUAAAAUAACAACCAUCCGCUCCCUCCUCUCCAGUGCUUCUAGCCCCUCAGCUACUCCGACUCAUAUGACCGACCCACUGCCUGGGCCUUCCAGACCUUUCAGCCAUUUUUCUUCUGUCACACAACACGAGGUUGAAGCCAUAGUCAAAAUAAUGAAAGCAUCCACUUGUGCACUGGACCCCCUCCCCACAGCCCUGGUAAAGUCCAAUCUUCCUGCCAUCAGUCCCCUCAGUACCCAGAUGAUAAACCUCUCCCUUCAAGCUGGUCAUGUCCCAUCUGCACUUAAAACUGCUGUCAUUAGGCCACUGCUUAAAAAACACACAUUAGAUCCAGAUGUCCUUGCUAAUUACAGACUAAUUUCAAACCUUCCAUUUGUCUCAAAGGUGCUGGAAAAAGUAGUGGCUGCUCAACUCCACAACCAUCUCAAAAUUAACUGUCUUUAUGAAACAUUUCAGUCUGGUUUCCAACAUGGCCACAGCACAGAAACAGCACUGGUUAGGGUGACCAGCAACCUGCUGAUGAUGGCUGACGCUGGCUCCCCAUCCCUUCUGAUUCUCCUGGACUUGUCCGCCGCUUUUGACACUGUCGACCAUAACAUCCUGUUGCACCGUCUUCACACCAUCGGCCUCUCCAAUUCCAUCCACAACUGGUUCUCCUCCUAUCUCAUCGGGAGGACUGAUAAUUGAAACCACACCAUUGAAAAUUUUUAUGUCGGGGCUUCAGGACACUUGGAUCACUACGGACAAGCAGUAUGGAGAAAUUUUUUGGUUUCAUUUAUGUGUUUUUGGACGUUUGACUCUGGGGCACCGUAAGCCUCCAUUAGGUGGAGAUGUGUUGCUAUCCCCUCUCCCCUGGGAUCUCCGCAAGUGAUGUGAUGACUCUAAAACUUCACCUGAGCCUUCCUCGGCAUAUGGGUGAGUAGAUAAUGGCUGAAUUUUCAUUUUUGGAUGCACUAUCCCUUUAAGGUCUGGAUAGUGUGGCAUUUGUUAAAUUGAAAAUGUGUAGUUUACCAGCCCUUGGCAGGUGAACCACAAAGUUAAUUGAUUUUUAAACACGUCUUCUCCAUCUAACUCUCUCCUUCAUUUACAUCAGAAAGACACUCUCCACCGAAGUCCUUCCAACAUCCCGCUGAUCGACCCCAACCCCCCCCCAUGACCAAACAAAGCUACAUGGCCUCCCCUGCCCCCUUGCAAAUUCUUUAUGUCAAGAAAAAAGACAAUCUGUUAAUAUUGUUUGUUU